UUUUCUUUCUUCCGCGUCGCUGCAAAAUCAAACCCCCAAUCGGUUCGUCGUUGCCCCACCGCCACGCUUCCGCACCGCUCUCUCUCGAGAAAGUGCUAGGGUUUGGUUGCGAGAGAGACACAGAGAGAGAGAGAGAGAGAGAGAUGGGGCAACAGUCGCUGAUCUACAGCUUCGUGUCGAGAGGAACGAUGAUUCUGGCGGAGUACACGGAAUUCACCGGCAACUUCACGAGCAUCGCUUCUCAGUGCCUCCAGAAACUCCCUGCCUCCAACAACAAGUUCACGUAUAACUGCGAUGGCCACACCUUCAACUACCUCGUCGAAGACGGCUUCACAUACUGUGUUGUUGCUGUGGAAUCUGUUGGCCGGCAAAUUCCAAUAGCAUUUCUCGAGCGAAUUAAGGAUGACUUUACCAAGAAAUAUGGUGGUGGGAAAGCUGCAACAGCUGCUGCUAAUAGCCUGAAUAGGGAGUUUGGGCCCAAACUUAAGGAGCAGAUGCAGUACUGUGUGGAUCAUCCAGAAGAGGUAAGCAAGCUUGCCAAAGUGAAGGCUCAGGUUUCAGAAGUCAAAGGAGUGAUGAUGGAAAACAUUGAGAAGGUUCUUGAUCGAGGAGAAAAGAUUGAACUUUUGGUGGAUAAAACAGAGAACCUCCGUUCUCAGGCGCAAGAUUUCAGGACUCAGGGUACGAAAAUGAGGAGGAAGAUGUGGUUACAGAACAUGAAGGUGAAGCUUAUAGUUCUCGGCAUUCUAAUCGCGAUUAUUCUGAUCAUAGUUUUAUCGAUUUGUGGCAAGAACAAAUGUUAGUAUAAUAUGGUGAGACCCACAUGCUUUCCUUAGGAUAAUCAUUAGCCAAACUCCCAAAAUAUCAUUGUUCUCCCGCUGUCUUUCUCUACAAGUCUAGUAUUCUUUUUGGUGUCAUGUUUUGAUUUGCAUUUUGUUUUGGUUUGUAUUUUUUUUUUCCCUGUACUCUACCCUUACCCAUAUGCUAUUAUUAGUUGUGUACCCUUAAGACGGUGCUUGUAUAGUUUGUGCUCCCGAAUUCUUUAAAAUACACUAUAGUCUCUUAAUGUGUGGAAUUUGAUAAAGUUGCAUUUUUAUAAAUUUGCCUUCUCUU